CCCAAUAGAUCAACAGAGCCACGGUGGCCAGAGCUCCAGAAUACUCGACAUUUCGACGGGGAGCGUGGCACAAACUACGAAAAACAAGAAAGUGGCAUGGCAAGCAGCACAACUGCAGAAGCGACCGUUUAAAAGGAGGACGAGUUUGGUGUAUGCUACUUAUACUGACAGAUAUAAGUAUUAUGUAGCAGCGAUCGGAAGUGGAACGCAUGCAAGCAGGAGAUUGCAUUGAACAUAACAGGAAGAGAAAUAGAGAACAAUCAUAAUAACAACAGGAUUGAAAGAAUCAUGAAGCAUGUACAAGACAACUGGACGAAAUUGUACAAAUACUGUAUUUAAUGUAUGAUUUUCACUUUUUAUUACUUCUUAUCGGUGAUUCAUGUGUUGGCAAAACUUCAUUAUUAAUCCGUUUUAAAGAUGGUAUAUUCUUAAAGGGUAGUUAUAUUUCAACUGUUGGAAUUGAUUAUAAGACAAAAACAGUAAAAUCUAAUGAUCAAUUAGUUCGUUUACAAAUAUGGGAUACAGCUGGACAAGAGAAAUUUCGUAGUUUAACAAAAUCAUAUUAUCGUGAUACUAAUGCUGUACUACUUGUAUAUGAUAUAUGCAAAAUGGAUUCAUUUAGUAAUAUAAAAUCAUGGAUGAGUGAAAUCAAUGCAAAUAUACAAUCAAAUAAUAAUAACAAUAUACUUAUUAUAUUAGUUGGGAAUAAAUUAGAUGAAGAAAGAAAUCGUAUGGUCACUAAAAAAGAAGGUGAACGUUUAGCUCAACAAACGGAUGCAUUAUUCUGGGAGACAAGUGCUAAAACUGGGGCUAAUGUCGAUUCAAUGUUUCAUUGUAUAGCUGAACGUUUACUUGAAAUUCAAACACCAAUUUGUACCAUUUCAUCAACGAAUUCAACUCAACAAUCAAAUGGUUAUUCAACAACUAUCAAUGAAAUUCAUAAUUCAAUAUCAUCAAAUCAAUCAUCGAAAUCACCGUCAUUUAAAUUAAACCAUUCAACCAAACCAUUACGUAAUUGUUGUUCUAGUUAA